AUGUCAACAAAGUCUCCCGCCGACAGCGCGUACUCGCCUGUCCAGGAAGCGGGUCGCAUCUUCUCUCUCCUCUGUGACCAGGCGGAGCGUCUCUGUCUGCCCACCGAGGUAGUCGCCAACAAAGAUGCCGUCUCCUUCAACUCCGCCCACAACCAAAUCUACUAUCCUAUUCCCUUCAAAGAAACCGAGACUCUCGCGGCAUUGAAGGGUGUGGAGGGUGCCCUGGCUGCUGCCAUCGCUGACCUCCGUUAUGGCUCGUCGGAUCAGAAACGCUCCGUCAAGGUCAACCUGGAACGGGCGACAGCCUUCGGUUGUCAGGCAUACAUGGCCAAGGUGGCUGGAUUGUCGAAAUUGGACCCCGAGGUCAAGAAGAAGCUGAAAGAUACCGAUUUGCUUGCCGCACAAUCUAACAGCUAUCGUCGCAUGUCUGCCAACCUCUACAAGACCAAGAACCCCGACGAGUUCUUCCAUAUCCACGGUUCUCUUGAGGCGACCACCACGCUAAACAUGAUCGGCCUGGAGGGCCAACGUCCGGAUCUGACGGAUUACGAGGAGAUCAUCAAGGUGAUUGAGAGCCAUGUGCAGAAGUACAGUGCCGCAGAACUGGAAGAGAUGAACCAGGAGCGGAGACAAGCCGGUGUGACGGCUUUUAAGUACGAAGACUUCAUUCAGACGCCUCAUGGCAAACUCAACGUUCAAGAGCCCUGGUUCAAGGUGAAUCGUCUCGGUGGCGAGCUUCCCCCUACGCCUUUCCCCGCCAGCGCCAACGGAAGCAAGAAGAUCCUGCAAGGAGUCAAGGUGCUGGAACUGUGCCGUAUCAUUGCGGGUCCUACCGUUGCACGUAUCCUCACCGAGUACGGCGCCGAUGUUCUCAAGAUCACCAGUCCCAACCUCUCCGAUGUGCCGUUCUUCCAGGUGGAUGGUAACAUGGGCAAGCACGCUGCCGAUCUGGACCUGAAGACCGACGAGGGACGUCGUCAGUUUGAGGAGCUCCUGGCCGAUGCCGACGUUUUCGUCGACGGUUACCGGCCGGGCGCUCUGGAGAAGCUGGGUUACGGACCCAAGGCGCUUGCGGCCCUUGGCCAGAAACGUGGAAAGGGCUACGUCUACGUGAACGAGAACUGCUUCGGAUAUGAAGGCGAGUGGGCCGGCCGUCCUGGCUGGCAACAAAUUGCAGACUGCGUUACCGGUGUUGCCUGGGCGCAGGGAGAGUUCAUGGGUCUCUCGACCCCCGUUGUGCCUCCCUUCCCCAUCUCCGAUUACGGCACGGGCUGCAUGGGCGCCAUCACAGCGCUGACAGGUCUCUUCAACCGGGCCAAGUACGGUGGUUCCUACCACGGUAUGGCAUCUCUGAUGCACUACGACCUGCUUCUCUUUGCAGUGGGCAAGUACUCUGAGGCUGUGCAGCAGCAGAUGCGGUCCUCUCAGUCCCCUGAGUUCUUCAAGCUCCGCCACUGCGACAGCGUGGACCGCAUCUCCUCUACCGUCCUGAAGAUCAUGCAGGCCCGCUUUCCGCACCUCUACCUCCCUCCUACCCAGGCUGGAUCGGACGCCCUCACCGAGAUGUGGUUCUCGAAAGCGUACAAUGCCGACAUCGAGGUUGUGCGUCCGGUCUGCGAGAUUGACGGCGUGGAGAACAAGUUCUCGCGUGCCAGCCGGCCUAACGGCACUGACCCGGCGAGCUGGAAGGCGUUUGAGGAGAAGGAGGAGGACUACCAGAAGGCUUGA